AUGGCGGGAAGAAGAAAGAUGAGUUUGCCAUACGACCAGCGAAUUUCGCCGCUGAGGAUGCAACAAUUGAAAUGCUCCUUGAUCAAAUGGGCCCUCGACGAAGCCACCAAGCGAGAACAAGAAGCUCAGGCGAAACGAGAAGCUGCUCUUGCCGAGCGAGUCCCAGCUUUCCCCGAUCUUGAUUCUCUGGACGAGGAAGCGCUGAAACAGCUCUGCCGAGAUUUGCACGGAAUGUGCGACAAAUGCGACGACAACAAGUACGAUCUCGAGACGAAACAUGAAAAACAAGCAAGGGAAAUUAUAGAGCUCCAGAAACGAAUUCAGGAUAUCAAAGCGAAAUUCAAGAAGCCAGCGCUGAAACGUGUCAAGGUCACUGUCGCUCAAAUGAUGAAGACUCUGCUUGGCAACAAGGGCAAACAGGUGGAUAUGCGAAGCCAGUUGAAGAAGCACGUCGUUAUAAACGAAGGAAAAGAAGAUUGA